UGCGAAGGAAGUAGCUGAGAAUUGCAAUGGAAUUUCCAGUACUGCUUCCUGAACGAACAAAUCGCAUACCCAAGAUUUGGUCGUCAACGCCAUGCUGGGUGAGAACCGGGGAAGCAUCUUCGCUCGUUGACGAGCUUUUGUAGUCCUUCUUUAACAAUUAUAAGGCAUCUGAAUUCCCUUCAUCCUCCCACACCAUUGUUUUUGGUCUUGUUCUUGUUGCUUUGUGACUACGCAUCUCCAUGGAAGGAAGGAGGAUGAACCAAGUUCCUUUGUUUAGCUCUGCGCGAGAACUGGGAAAUUUAAUUGUGACCUCCAAUCUAAUCGACUCUGCUUUGACUAAAAUUCUUGAGCUUCAAAGAGACCAAACAGCCUUGCCUUCCCCCGUUCAAUACAGAGUUUUUUAUCCAUCUCCCAAGUGCACAAUUGUAGCUUUUGUCUCUUCACCUGACUGCACUCAAAACCCUCUUCCUGGACAAGGAGAUUUAGUUCCCUCUCCUCUCUUUGACUUCCUCUGCACCGAAGAAUACCCUUCCGUCUCCAUUAACGGAGCCGCAUUAACCCUCUUUACCUCUCUCUACGAUCAUCUCUCUGGACUAAUAGAUGAGGUCAAAAUCUGAUACUUGUUUUAAUUUACGUUAACUUUUCGUUAACAAUUGUGAGACACGUAUAUAUAUAUAUAUAUAUAUAUAUCUUGUGGAUAAAAGGAAAGUUUACAAGUGAGAAUAGUGGCAUUUUUCUGACAGAUUUCACACCGUUGCUUGUUUUGCACUUGACUGUGAUUGAAGGUCGAUUAAUCAUCACUGGGCACUCGAUGGGAGGAUCCGUUGCUUCUCUCUUCACCUUAUGCCUGCUAGAAGUCAUUAAUAUAUCAAAACCCAAAUGCCGCCCCAUUUGCAUCACAUUUGGUUCACCCCUCAUAGGCGACUUUGGCUUCCAACACUCCAAUUGGAAUUCUUUCUUCUUGCAUGUAGUGUCCAACCAAGAUCUAGUCCCCGGACUCUUCCUCCCAUCCGGCAGAUCUCCUCCCACAUCCUCCCAUUCACAAACUACUGGUUACAAGCCCUUUGGGACAUAUCUCUUGUGCUCUGAACUUGGUUGUGCUUGUUUUGACAACCCUGAUUUAAUUUUGGAAUUGCUGAAAGUCAUAUCAUCAGAGGUUGCCGGAGGAUUGCGGGAUGUUGAUUACAGGAAGAUUUUAAUAAACCUCAAGGAGAGGGCAAUCUUCAAGGGACUUCAGCAGGUGGGUGAAAGGUUUGCAGAUCCCUUGUCAGCUGGGAUCAUCAUGGACCUUGAGAUAAUUGGAUUUGAUCAAACAAAGCUGUUGCGGCACAACAUUGAUAUCAACACUGUGAUAAGGAUACUGGGAGCGGAAGCCAGAAUCCUAGCCCACAAAAAUAAAGCUUCUGAUGCCAAGAAACUGAAUGACAUAAAAAUACACAUGGCCCAGCUAGAAUGGUAUAAGAAGAAAUCAAAAGAUCUGAACAAGGGUUACUACGACUGCUUCAAAAACCAGGGGUUAAAAAGGGACAUUAAAAUUGAACAGUAUAGGGGACACCUCACAAUAUACUGGAAAGACAUGGUUGCACAAGUACAGAGGAAGCCCCAGAAGGAAGGAGCAUCAUUUCGAACCAGUUGGCUCUAUCCAGGGACAACUUAUAGAAGAAUGGUUGAACCACUGGACAUUGCUGCCUUCUACAGAGAGGGUAGAACAGACUACAUAAACAAUGGAAGAUCUCCUCAUUACAAGCUGUUGCAGCAAUGGUAUGAGGAAGAUGUGAAGCCCCCAUCCAGAGAUAAGCUCGAUUCCAAGAAACUAAAGGUGUCUGGUAUCCUAACUGAGGAUUCUUUGUUUUGGGCACAUGUGGAGGAGGCUCUCUUGUCAUGCGAAUCGCUCAAGAGUGCAAACUCUACUCUUGAGCAGAGAAAAUCAUCAUGGGAUAAUCUGGUUAAGUUUGGGGAGUAUGUAAUGGAACAGAUUGGAAACUAUGCAGUGUCCCCUGAGAUUUUCUUGGGGGAAAGCAGCUUCAUGAAAUGGUGGGGAGUGUAUGAGGACUACAUAGAUGCUUCCAAUAAUUUCUAUGGGUCACCAUUGAUCAACUUUAUGAAGGACCGUAGUUAUAGACUGUAUGGUUAGAGGGCAAUCCAGUUUGUGUAUUGUGUUUAUUGUAUUGUGAGCAUUCAAUAGAUAAAACUAGAAAGAGCGUGACCUUUUUAUGACAA